AUGGACGUCAAUUACCCACUCUUCGAAUUCAAUGCGUCUGAUGACCUUUGGGCUCAGGACUUUUUUGAACCAGGUUAUACGAGCAUGCCUGGUCCAUCCGGACCAGUGACCUUGCAAGUCAUGAUACGUUCCGCUCAAGGCGACCGCGUUGCUGGGCGUCAAGUAUUUGAAUACCUACGUGGCUCCGGUACAGGGGCAGUCCAAGACCGUGCGGGGUCGCGUGAUGAGAUCAACUCCAUGGGCAAUUUGGAGACUAUCCCACCCCACAAUUUCAACGGCAAAAAUUACCCAGCUGGGCGCAUUGUUCUAGGCACACAUGGGGCCCAAAAGCCAUAUAUCUUGAAAUACAUGCUGGCACAAGAAAUUCAAGAUCCUCUGCUGUUUGAUACCAACUGGCUUGCGGUCGGACAUGUCGACGAGAUGCUCCAAUUUCUUCCUGCCAAUAAUUCUCUCGGAUGGGCCAUGCUCGUCCCUGAUCCACAGGCAGGCAGGCCUGGCUAUAUUACGAAAGACUCAGUCAACCGGUUAUGGCAAUAUCCGGGCCUUUUCUCGCCAAAAUGA